AUGGUCUACAUGGAAGAGCAAUGGAAGAAUAUCGCAUGGGUCUUCCUAGACUGUGCAGUUCCCGAGAUUCCAAACCUGGAUACGUUAGGAGAUGUGGAAUCAUCGUUGAUGGAUCGCAUAGCGAAGGAUAAAGUCUUUGGCGAAAGCGAGAAGAAAGAAACGCCUCGUUCCGUUCACGUCCUUUUCUCCUCUGCCGGCACUGGUAAAACACGACAGAUAUUCGAACUGUUACAAAAGCAGUGGGGAUUUUAUCUUCUUGCCCCGAAUCUGGCCCCAACUGCGGAACAGUCAAAGCAUGAAGGCAUAGACAUGAUAGAUACGAAACGAUAUUCGGCAUCAAGAGACACGUAUACCAUGUUUGUGGAUCAUCCACAAAUGAUUCCAGAGUGUAUCUCCGAAGAAAUCAAUGUCUUCAGGCCUAUUAUCGUCGCGCGUGUUGCUAUGCUUUACGAGUUUUUGCGCAGUAAACAUCCUGACCAACUGUUCAAGGCCUCAUUGUAUCACUGUUUCGAUGAAGCACAACUUACUCUCGAUGACCCUCGGGUUUCCUCGAUGCUCAGUCACCUUUACGCAACACUCACACUAAUGUAUAUUACACCAUGGAGUGGCCAUAACACCGAAGAACGCGCUGAUGAGGAUAUGGAGGAUCAAGAGAGUGACGCAAUGUCAUUGCAGACCAGUGAUGACAUGCCAUAUGUAGACCCUAUCCUGGUGAUUUCUGGAACAUCGCUUCGUCUGGAAGUGCUUAAAGAAAAUCUUGCCACCUACUCUUCAGAUGCAUGGGGUGAAGGCGAAAAAGCAGUGAAGAAGUGGGAUCGUUAUCGCAUUGACGAUACGUUUCAACUCGUUGCAUCUGAUGCGGACUUUUGGGCGCUCUACGAGAGACAUACGAAUGAUAUCCUCAAAGAAUUCAGAAACUUUAGAGGUGGAGAAGAAACUGGAGACUUGUCAAGAUUGCCCCUUUUGAGCCGCAGUGGUCGGCCCUUACCGUUUGAGUCAUCUGAGGUUGACCUGGAUAUGGUUGAGGCAUGGGUACGGAGACCAUUGGAAGUUCCUACGACGCAGGAAUUUCUGGCCCUGUUUAAACAAGCAUACUGCCUGAUGGAAAGUGACAGGACUUCUACUGAGACCCCCCCAAUCCAUCUAGAAGAGCUUCUCGAGAAUCGAAAUUCGGAAGCUGUUGCUUCGCUUGUCACUCUGAGUCUCUCUCAACUCCUCAAGACCGAUACAGUACCGGGAGCGGAUAAUUUGGCUCUGUCGUUGCUAGAAUUACUGGCCGAUCAUGGAAAUAACGCUAUAGACCAAAUGGCUUCCAUCUUUCAGAACAUAAAUCCCCGAGUGGCGACUCCCAGUACUUCACUCAGUGGAAUAGCAGCGACCUUACAUACUGGCCUGAGGAACCUGUACAUCCGAAAGAUGAUUAAGUCACACAGUAUUGGUCAGCGCGGGCGAUAUAGAUGGUCAACGGUCUACAUCGAGGAACUGAUGCUCCUUUUUCCGCGCUUGACCAGCCCAGGAUCGACUCUGUCCGAGAUACAGAUAAUCAUUGAGGAGGCAGAAAGUAGAACGACAGUUGCAGCCAUAGAUGCUCUCAAAGGUCAAAUUCGCAAGAUGAAGUCAGCUGGGAAGGAAGAGUUAGUUCAGGACCUCUUUCGCGCUGGAAUCAGAGCAGAGAUGAUGAGCUCCCCUACCAUCUUUGUGAAACCAAACUUUGCACAGCUUGUCACCUACGGAUUUGCAUUAGUUCAGAAGGACGGCGAUACCAUAAGAUACACGUUUUCUGAGCCGAUAGCUGUUCGGGCAGUGAUGGAGUAUCUUCGAACGGAAGGUGGAAACGAGUAUCAGGAUCUCAUGCUGCAGUGGCUUGUUCAUACACAAGAUGAUUAUGAAGUUCGAGCAAUGUUCGGGAAGGCUACGGAGUGGUUUGUUGCAAUGGCAAGAUAUCCCAAACACAUUUAUCAGAUGGGCAAGAGACUAAUUGAUGGUGUUGCAGUCCUUUGA